AUGGAAAGUGACGACGAAGACGUUAAUUUUUAUAUUAAUCGCGGUGGAUUUCCUAUACAGCAGGAAUAUUGGCACAAAUUAUGGAAGCACACCAAGCGUCACCAUUCAGCAAAAGGUGAAGAGGCUGAAAAUCAAAUCCGAGGAAACCGAUCUCUAUCAAAAGUUCCUGUCCCGAUAGCACCCACAAUUACACCGGGAAUGACAACAGAGGAGCGAAUUAUUUGUAUUCAAAAUUAUAUCUCUGAUCUUCAUUACAACUUUACUGGUUUACAAUUUUUCGAAAUUAAGAAGAGUAGACCGAUGUCAGGACUGAUGGAGAUUGCAAAAGAUAUGAUUAAAGAAUCGCUACCAAUUAAAUGCUUAGAGGCAGUAAUUCUUUCCAUCUAUUUUACGUGUGGCUUAGAAGGCCUUGAUCGCUUUCCUAUAUCCUUUAAAUCAUGUUUUAAUUCUCAUCAUCACAGACAUGUUGUUUUAGGGAUUCAUUACUCAGGCAGAUACGGAGCUCUUGGAUUAAGUAGACGAAGAACUUUGAUGUAUAAACCAUUAAUAUAUAGAUCGCUUAUGGAUCUAAUUCAACAGUAUAAAACAUCUUAUGAAGAAUGCUAUCAUGAAUUGGAAAAAGUUAAAAUUGGGCUACCUGUAGAUCAUAGUGUGCACAGCUGCGAGCCUAUUAAGUGGAAGCACGUAGCGAUUAAUUACAAAAAGUCCUCCACCGAUAAUGUUCGAAAAGCGUUGGAAAAAUUCUCCAAACAAAUUAAAACUAAGGUGUCACAACUAAUAAUUUGA